AUGUCCAGCGAUCCAAACAAACCCGGACAGUAUCCGCCUCCGCAGUGGGAUAGCCAACCACAAAGAGGUGCAUAUCCAGUCCCACCACAUUAUCGAGGUCCUCCGCAACCGGGCUACGGAAGUUCUCCAUCAACACCUGGCGAGAUGGUAACUCUACCUCCACCUCCACAGGGCCAUCCAGACAUGCGAUACGCAAUGCCACCCCACGAUAUGUAUUCUCCUUACGGGCCUCCCGAUCCUCGAGCUAUGGGACAACCUCACAUGGGCUAUCAGAGUCAACCGGCACCGAGGCAGCGGACGGCCAUCGCGUGUCGCUAUUGUAGGCGGCGCAAGAUUCGUUGCUCUGGCUUCGAAGCAUCAGAUGACGGUCGAUGUACCAACUGCCAACGCUUCCAGCAAGAAUGCAUCUUCACCCCAGUCUCCUCCCAAGCGCAAGCCUUUGUGCCAGCCCACACUGCGUAUCCACACCUUCGCAAUACUGGGGCUCUGCAACCCCAACGUGGUGGAAGGCCGUUGUAUCCUCAACAAGGGCAGCCUGCUAUUUACGGGGCUCACGGACAACCACUGGGGCCAAUGACACACGACCCUAAUUACCCGCCGCCUCACGGCUACCCUAUGCCGCCUCCUGGGCCAUAUCAAGGCGGCCCCGUCUACGAUGAUCGAGGCCACCCACAGCCUCCCCAUGCUCAAGAUAAAGUGAGUCUCAAACGUCUCCGUUCGGACGAGUCUUUCCAGCCUGCUCCUCCCCCACCUGCACCUCCAGAAGAGUACUCCUCUCACCCCUACCAGGGUCGUCCUCCGGCCUCAACUGGUCGCCGUGGCUCCGGUGGGGCAUAUGAGUAUCCAGACCCAACUGGCCUUGUCCCUGUUUCACCUGCAUCAUCUGCGACUUCUUAUCAAUCAGCUCCUUACCCGCCACAGGGUCCAAAUCCUUACUAUCCUCCCCCUCAACAGCCGCAACCGCCCCCGCCACAGCAGCAGCAGCAGCAGCCCCCGCCAGCACGUCGCACAUCGCCUCAAUCGGCCUACUCAUACGAUGCACGUGCCUCGGGCUCGCCUCACGGAAGCACCUCAUCCGCUUCUGCCUACAAUUACCCCGGUGGUCUCCACCCACCUCAAGUGUUGCCUCCAAGAGAAGGACGGACACCUCCACCGGCGCAGGGACAGACUCGUGAGGGCAACGGCAAUGGAAAUGGCAACGGUAGUGCGCAGCGGGGAGGGAUGGCUGUCCGAGAUUUGCUAGGUCCAGGACAGGCGCAAGACAACUCUGGUGGCAGGUCGAGUGCGGAUAGUGAUAUGUUAAGGGCCUUGAACAAAAAGGGUCCUAGCUAG